CUCACCCUGCGCACGGUCACACUGCCCCCCCCAAACGAGUGAUUUAUAAAUAUUCCAAAAGGCAGGGCGAUAAUUGUCACCAUUGCAGCGUCAUAAAAUGCCAGCCGGAGUCCAGGACAGGCUGUGAGGUGUUCGGGAUCGGCAGCAGAGAACUGGAAGUAGCGCAGCGCAGGAUUAGCAGAAGGAUUUGCGAGGCAGGAUUAGCAGAGUUCAGGGCCAGAGGCAACAACAAAAGACUCCCGAGAAGUGACGCCAUUUUCUGUGCGAAUAACGAGCAGCCAGCCAGCCAGCCAGAAUGAGCAGCCUGAUCAACUUCCUCAAUCCGAAACUGAAGCCCUCCGUGGAGAGCGAUGCGGUCUGCGAGGAUGGAUACACUGCAGCCAAUCUCAUAGCGGACGAUGUCGAGCAGCUGGAACGCGGAUUCAUGUGCUUCGCCGUGUGCAAGCCACCCAUUGAAAUCGUGUUCGACUUUCCCAAGGCGGUGGACAUGAAGGUCAUCAAGCUGUGGCCCUCCUGCGGUGCCCUAAGAUCCACCGCCUUCGAGCUCCACGGACGACAUGAUGGCAUCUGGGAGCGAGUGGCCUUUGUCCGGGACUUGGGACGCGGCGUGGAUUCGGUGACCUUCUGCUACCAGAGCGACUACAAUUCGCGCAGCAGCUCCAAUUCCGAGCAGAGCGAGAAGGUGUUCUUCUUCAAGUCCGCCCACAAGAUCCUGGCCAGCACCAAUAGCGUGAAAGUGGUGAUCCGGGCCACGGAGAGGUGUCCUCCGGUUCUACGCAAAGUGCAAAUGUGGGGCUUACCUGCCCGUUCCCUGGACAAAGCGGAUCGAGAGCUGGUCAAGAGCAUCUGGAGCGAGAUUAGUGAUCCUUACGGGCAGAGGGAUGCCGCCCAGACGCCCACGGGUCAGAGGUCCCCGCCGCGACAUGUUCCAGAGCUGCGGGAGCAGUCCACACUCUCCAUUCCCGAGGAGUUCCUCGACUCCAUCACCUGGGAGCUAAUGAUCUUUCCCACCGUGCUGCCCUCUGGAAAAGUGGUGGACCAGUCCACCAUUGACAAGCACGCCGAGGAGGAGACCAAGUGGGGUCGUCAGCCCUCGGAUCCGUUCACAGGCCUGGAGUACAAUUUGCAGCGCAAGGCGAUCCUAAACCUGGCCCUAAAAGCGCGCAUAGAGAAGUUCCUCAUGGAGCACUCGGAGCACUUUAAGGCGGUGCCGCGUUCGUUGGGCACAUCCCGCCUGCGCCGCCGCCAUGCCUCUCAGUUCGCCAGCAGCACUUGCCAGCCGGGACAGUUCAGUCCGGCUGCCGGGACCUAUUCAGCACUAAGCAACGCCUACAAGCAGCAGCAGCGGAAGAGCAGGGCCACCGCCACGGCCACAUCCUCCUCGACAGCGGCAUCCUUUGGGGGCUCCCCACACUCGCCGCCGGCGGCCAAGAGAGCGAGGCACAGCCACCAUGGCAGCGCCUGCGCCACCGUGACCUCGGCCACAACCUCCAUCGAUCAGGCCAUCCAGCAGGCGUUGCAGAAGGUCACGCGCUUCAGCCAGCUCGCAGCAAACUCCAGCGCGGGAUCGGGAUCAGCAGGUGGUGCUCCUGCCAGCUGCAUAAACUGCAGGAGUGCCCAGUUCGGCUACGAGAUACGCACCUGCCGCCAUCUGGUCUGCCGGGAAUGCCUGGUGCUCCUCUCGCGAGAUCAGCAGUGCGUCUGCAAGGUUUUCUUCCGCGGCGCCGAUGUUGAGCGGUACCACAAGCUGGAUCCUUAAGAGCUUCCCCGUACUUUUCCCGAUCGCCGCCCUAAAAUCGAUCGUUGCAAUAAGUUUGGUCCUCCCCCCCCCUUUUGUUCAGUUUGUAAGCCAGUCAAUCGCUUUAGCCCCUAGGCUACGUUAGUUUAUAGUCAUAUCAGAGUCGGUCUGGUCGCAGAGAAGCCAAAUGUGUACACGCGCGAGUCUUUCCGGAUUCGGCAGUAUGUAUCAGUAUCAGGUCACCGUUUAGUCAUAGAGCAGAUUACGGAUUACCGAUUAGCAUAUAGAGAGUGCGCGCAUAGUUUUUGUAGACACUUUAUAUACAGUCCCCAAAAGACAGGACCGUUCAGCGCGAGUUUAUAUAUUCAUACCAAUUAUACCUAGAAUAAAGUACAAUAAAAACUAAA